UCUCCGUGUGGUUGAAUGACUGGAUGGAUAGAUGGCUGGAUGACUAGAUGACUGGAUGGUUGGAUGACUAGAUGACUGGAUGGUUGGAUGACUGGAUGACUAGAUGGCUGGAUGACUAGAUGACUGGAUGGUUGGAUGACUAGAUAACUGGAUGGUUGGAUGACUGGAUGACUAGAUGACUGGAUGGUUGAAUGACUAGAUGACUAGAUGGCUGGAUGACUGGAUGACUGGAUGACUAGAUGACUAGAUGACUGGAUGGUUGGAUUACUGGAUGACUAGAUGACUGGAUGGUUGAAUGACGAGAUGACUGGAUGGUUGGAUGACUGGAUGACUAGAUGACUGGAUGGUUGAAUGACUAGAUGACUAGAUGGCUGGAUGACUAGAUGACUGGAUGGUUGGAUGACUAGAUGACUGGAUGGUUGGAUGACUGGAUGACUAGAUGACUGGAUGGUUGAAUGACGAGAUGACUGGAUGGUUGGAUGACUGGAUGACUAGAUGACUGGAUGACUAGAUGACUGGAUGGUUGGAUGACUGGAUGACUAGACGACUAGAUGACUAGAUGACUGGAUGGUUGGAUGACUGGAUGACUAGAUGACUAGAUGACUGGAUGGUUGGAUGACUAGAUGACUAGAUGACUGGAUGGUUGGAUGACUGGAUGACUAGAUGACUGGAUGGCUGGAUGACUGGAUGACUGGAUGACUGGAUGGCUGGAUGAAUGGAUGACUGGAUGACUAGAUGACUAGAUGACUGGAUGGUUGGAUGACUGGAUGACUAGAUGACUAGAUGACUGGAUAGUUAGAUGACUGGAUGACUGGAUGACUAGAUGACCGGAUGGUUGGAUGACUGGAUGACUAGAUGACAAGAUGACUGGAUGGUUGGAUGACUAGAUGACUGGAUGGUUGGAUGACUGGAUGACUAGAUGACAAGAUGGUUGGAUGACUGGAUGACUGGAUGACUAGAUGACUGGAUGACUGGAUGGAUGACUGGAUGACUGGAUGACUAGAUGACUGGAUGACUGGAUGGAUGGAUGACUGGAUGACUAGAUGACAAGAUGGUUGGAUGACUGGAUGGUUGGAUGACUGGAUGACUGGAUGGAUGGCUGGAUGACUGGAUGGAUGACUGGAUGACUGGAUGGAUGGCUGGAUGACUGGAUGGGUGACUGGAUGGAUGACUGGAUGGAUGACUGGAUGGAUGGCUGGAUGGGGUACAGGGAUAAGAAGAGAAUGUGAUAAGUAGAGCAAAAGCAGGAUGAAAGAAAGUGUGAAAGAGAGUGAAGUAGAGAGAGUGAAGGAGAGAGAGUGUGAAAGAGAGAAGGAGAGUGAAAGAGAAGGAGAGAGAGAGUGAAGGAGAGAAGGAGAGAGAGAGUGAAGGAGAGAGAAAAAGAGAGAGUGAAGGAGAGUGAAGGAGAGAAGGAGAGAGAGUGAAGGAGAGAAGGAGAGAGAGAGUGAAGGAGAGAAGGAGAGAGAGAGUGAAAGAGAGAGAGUGAAGGAGAGAAGGAGAGAGAGAGUGAAGGAGAGAAGGAGAUAGAGAGAGAAGGGAGGAGAAGUGAUGAUGUGUCCUCUUGUGAUGUAGUGAGUCAUGGUGGCAACCCUGUAACUGCAGCAACCCCGUUGCCAUGGCGUGCCCCCUGGACAUUCCGCUGGAUAAUCUUUUAAAGAAUUACAACGUCAGAGUGAGGGCGGAGCUGGAAGAGCAGACGUCAGACUGGAAAUACCUGGAGAACACAGUACAGCCCUACUCAUACACAGUGUUGAGUGCCCCAGGUCUGGAGUUGUGGGUGGAGAACCAGAGUCUAUGUGUCCAGCUUCACCAUCCUGCUCAGAACAUCUUCAAAUUUUACAACAUCACACUGCUGAAGAAUGUUCAGGAUCACAACGCCACGGUUAUGUCAGACAUUGAGUCGGGCUCAAAGAGAGUGUUCUCCCAUCUCAGUCCAGACCACACCUACUGCCUCUUGGCCUCAGCCAAUCACCACAGCCUACGCCGUCGCAUGACUGCUCAGGGGUGUGUCAACCUGAUGAGACACAGGCCAGAUACACAAGGUCAUCAGAGAUUGGUGGGCAUGACUGUGGGCGUGUUCCUGCUUCUGGCUGUUCUAAUUGGUCUGAUCGCUGUGACACGCUGUGUCCUGAAGAGCACAGACCCCACCCCCACAGCUCUGAGUGUGUGUGUGCGUUCAGCACGGUGCAUGGUGAUUCCGGAACAGGUGGUGUGUCACCCAGUGAUGUGUGGGACUGCCCCCUCUGGUUACCUGAGAGCUGUCAUGACUUUUCACCUUGACAUCCGCCUGGAGACAGAGACUCUCCUUCCCUGUUCCCUUGACAACCACCUGGAGACAGAGACCCUCCUGCCCUGUUCCCUUGACAACCACCUGGAGACAGAGACCCUCCUGCCCUGUUCCCUUGAUGACCACCUGGAGACAGAGACCCUCCUGCCCUGUUCCCUUGACAACCACCUGGAGACAGAGACCCUCCUGCCCUGUUCCCUACAUACAGAUCUAGGAUCAGCUUCCCCUCUCACCGUCUUUCCCUUAACCAUUAGUGGAGGAAAUACAAAAUGGACCCAAGAUCAGCGUCUAGGGGCAACUGCACCUCACACCCUACUAUCCCUGUCUACCUCCCCCUCUCCCUUGUCUUCCUCGUCUCUCUCCCCCUCUCUCUCCUCUCCCUCCUCCACUCUCUCCUCUGGCUAUACUCUGGCCUGGGACAGUGUAUCCAACCAGAGCGACACAGAGACAGACACAGACAGAACUACUGACAGAGCCAACGACAGAACUGCAGACGGAACUACUGACAUUACCACUGACGUAACUGCUGACAGAACGACAGACGGAACAACUGACAGAUGGGACAGGAGGUCCCAGCAGUCUCAGGAUAGACUAUCUGACUGUAAACUGUAUUCUCCCGAGUUAGAGGUCAGGUGUCAGGGGUCGUGCUUAGAUGUGCAUUCUCCCGGAGCUAGUCUAUGCUCCUUCAGUACAUAUGAACCUCGUCCUGAACCAACCCUAAACCUACCCUGACCUCUAACCCCUGACUCUUAACUAUGUAUGGGUAAGGAUGGCAGGGCUACUUGUAUUUCUGAUGCACAUAUUUACCUGUUUAUUUUGAGUUGAUUGUUUUAGUCCUGCCUGUCUUUCCCACCAAGGACCAAUUGGUGUUGGGGCCCAAAUCUUACCUUUAUGAUUGACUAAUAAAGGCACACACCCUGCACACACCCAGAACUUGUCCUUUGGAAUGAGCAUGGGAACCCCUGUCCUCGGUCUGACGUGGCAGUCACUACAGUUGGAAAUAAGUGUUGUUGCUGUCAUGUGUUUUUGUACUCUGUUGUCGGUUCUCUAUACAAUGUUUUUUUUUUCAAAAUAAACCAAUCAGAUGUUCUCUACAAUGUUUCUAUUAAAAAAUAAACAAAUCA